GAUGAACGGCUGUCCCCAUUUUCUUUUCUCUCUCACCAUUUCUACUGCUUUGCCAUUAUCAUUUUCUCAACAAAAAAAGCUUCUUUGUCUUUUUCUCUUUGGUUAGUCAAAUUCUUUGUUACCAACAACCUAUAUUUGCUCUCCUCAAUUGGGGGGCCUAUUUAUUUCCCACAUUUCUCUUUCAAACAAACUCAUUUUUGUGUUGUACAACUUCAAUGUCGAAGUGGGUGUCGGUUUCUUUGCUCUACUAAGUGAAAAAAGGAUAAGAACUAGUUACCAGUUGCUCGAUGGAGACAUUGAAUUCACCAGCUACAAUGACCUUUCCCAGAGAGCCAGCCAACUUUGAUGAGGUUUCUAUGCAUCAAAGCAUGCUCUUUUCUAAUAGUCUUAAGGAUUUGAGGAAUCUGAGGAAACAACUUUACUCAGCAGCUGAAUAUUUUGAAUUAUCUUAUUCUAAUGACGAGCAAAAAGAUAUUGUGGUAGAUGCGUUGAAAGAGUAUGCUAUUAAAGCACUUGUGAACACUGUGGAUCAUUUAGGCUCUGUGACAUACAAGGUCAGUGAUUUCUUGGAUGAAAAAGUUGAUGAAGUUUCUGGAACAGAGCUGCGUAUAUCUUGCAUUGAGCAGAGACUGAAGACAUGCCAGGAGUACAUUGAUAACGAGGGCCUGUCACAGCAGUCAUUGGUUAUUCAUACUCCUAAGUAUCACAAGCGAUAUAUAUUACCAGUUGGCGAGACAGCACAUGGUCCUAAUCUCACCAAGUUACAGUACCAAGGGUGUAGUCUUGACGAUCAAGAUGAUUGGAAUCAAUUUAGAAAUGCUGUGCGAGCAACAAUUAGAGAGACUCCACCACCUGCAGCUGGGAAAGGAUUCUCCCCAUCACCUUCUCCACUUCUUCAGCAGUAUGGAAAAUUUUCGUUCUCCGGAUCCACACCAAAAAAGGAAUUAGACAAGCGAACAGUUUCACCACAUCGGUUUCCUCUUUUACGAACUGCAUCUCUUGCUAGUCGGCCAACCACUCCCAAAAGUUCUAGGCCAACCACCCCAAAUAAGAGUCGGCCUACUACUCCAAACCCUUCAAAUGGGAGACGGUAUGCUGCUGAGCCUCGUAAAUCAGCUUCAAUGCGGCUUUAUGUGGACAAUAUAAACACCAAAGAUCCUGAGCAACAUUCCAGCAAAAGUAAACGUCUGCUUAAAUCAUUGCUGAGUCGACGCAAAUCAAAGAAAGAUGAAACGCUAUAUAGAUACAUAGAUGAAUAUUAACAGUAACAAGUUCAAAGAAAAAUGUGACUAAAGGAGGGGUGGAUGUGGUAGCACUUCCAGCUGGAAACCAGGAACAUGCUUUAUUGUUGCUAUAUUUCAUUAGUGCUUCUCCAGUUGUAUACGGAAAACCAGGGACAGGUUUUUUAUUAGUGCACUGCUUACCUUUCCUCAAUUGUAUAUUAAAUUUUGGCAAUGUAUUGGCAGUUUGUAAGGAGCAA